GGCGGGGAAGAUGGACCCGGCGCCCUCGCUGGGCUGCAGCCUCAAGGAUGUGAAGUGGAGCUCGGUGGCCGUUCCGCUGGACCUGCUGGUCAGCACUUACCGACUGCCCCAGAUCGCGCGGCUGGACAGCGGAGAAUGCAUAGAAGGGCUGCGGGAAAAUGACUACCUUCUGAUUCAUUCGUGCCGUCAGUGGACCACCAUCACUGCCCAUAGCUUGGAGGAGGGGCACUAUGUCAUUGGGCCAAAGAUAGAGAUUCCGGUACAUUAUGCAGGGCAAUUCAAGCUGCUGGAACAAGACCGAGAUAUAAAGGAGCCAGUGCAAUAUUUCAACAGUGUGGAGGAGGUGGCUAAAGCAUUUCCUGAACGCGUGUACGUCAUGGAGGAAAUAACAUUCAACGUGAAGGUUGCUUCAGGUGAAUGCAAUGAAGACACCGAAGUUUACAACAUCACCCUUUGUACGGGGGAUGAACUCACUCUAAUGGGCCAGGCAGAAAUCCUUUAUGCAAAGACUUUCAAGGAGAAGUCACGACUCAACACCAUCUUCAAAAAGAUUGGGAAGCUCAAUUCCAUCAGCAAGCUGGGAAAAGGCAAAAUGCCGUGCCUCAUUUGCAUGAAUCACCGGACCAACGAGAGCAUCAGCCUCCCAUUCCAGUGCAAGGGUAGGUUCAGCACCCGAAGCCCCCUGGAACUUCAGAUGCAGGAGGGCGAGCACACCAUCCGCAACAUUGUGGAGAAAACCAGACUUCCCGUGAACGUGACCGUGCCCAGCCCUCCGCCGAGGAACCCGUAUGACCUCCACUUUAUCCGUGAGGGGCACCGCUACAAGUUUGUGAACAUCCAGACCAAGACGGUGGUGGUUUGCUGUGUGCUGCGGAACAACAAGAUCCUCCCCAUGCACUUCCCUUUGCACUUGACUGUCCCCAAGUUUAGCCUCCCAGAACACCUGGUGAAGGGGGAAGUAUGGCCUGAAACCCUGGUCCAUCACUGGUUGGGUAUCUGCCAAGAACAGUUCGACAUCGAUGAGUAUUCACGGGCAGUCCGCGAUGUGAAGACCGACUGGAACGAGGACUGUAAGAGCCCCAAGAAGGGCCGGUGCACUGGCCACAACCAUGUGCCCAAUUCCCUUAGCUACGCUCGCGAUGAGCUCACCCAGUCCUUCCACCGGCUCUCGGUCUGUGUGUAUGGCAACAAUCUCCAUGGCAACAGUGAGGUGAACCUCCACGGCUGCAGGGACCUGGGGGGAGAGUGGGCCCCCUUUCCUCAUGACAUCCUGCCCUAUCAGGACUCGGGUGAUAGUGGGAGUGACUACCUUUUCCCAGAAGCUAGUGAAGAAUCAGUGGGCAUCACAGGGAAGUCAGAACUUCCUUAUGAAGAGCUGUGGCUGGAGGAAGGCAAGCCCAGCCAUCAGCCUCUCACUCGCUCCCUGAGCGAGAAGAGCAGAUGUGAUCAGUUUCGAGGUUCCGUCCGGUCCAAAUGUGCACCUUCUCCCCUUCCUGUCCCCGGAACUCUGGGAGCAGCAAUGAAGUCUUCAGAGAUUGCCCUACCUCCACCUCCAGUGCCUCCCAAAUCUGAAGCCGUCAGGGAAGAAUGCCGGCUCCUGAACGCCCCGCCUGUCCCACCCCGCAGCGCAAAGCCUCAGUCCACCAGCCCCUCGGUCCCUCCUCGCACAGCCAAGCCGGCGCGGCAGCAGACUCGCUCUCCCAGCCCCACCUUGUCCUACUAUUCUUCAGGGCUGCACGACAUCAGCGUUACUAAAAGUGACACGAGUUCUCCUGAAAGCGCACCCGUUUCCUGCUACCCGUGUAACCGAGUGAAAGCAGAUUCCAUGGACCCCAAGUCCCCGUUUGGCAGUCCCACUGCUGAAGCUCUGUCCUCCAGGCUCUCGUGGCCUAAUCAUUAUUCGGGAGCAUCAGAGACCCAGACCAGGAGCGACUUCCUGCUGGAUCCGAGCAGGAGUUACAGUUACCCCCGACAGAAGACGCCGGGCACGCCCAAGAGAAACUGCCCGGCAGCCUUCGACCUCGACGGCCACGAGCUGGCGACCAGCCCACCCGGGCCGGGGCCCAUGGAGCCCGGCGGCAGUGCCCCGGGGUGUCCCAAGUCGGCCAGCUACUCUCUGGAGAGCACAGGCGGGAAGACCCUGACUGCGGGCCCCGCCAAGCAGAGCAUCUCGUGCCCCGCCUUGCCUCCCAGGGCCCCGAGGCCAGUGGAAGAGAAAGCCGCCCUCGACACCCUACCUUUGCCUCUGCAAAUUGAUGGUGCUGAGGAAGACCCCGAGUCUGGGUCGCCGGACCUCUCCGAGGACCCGUACUUUGUUCAGAAGGGCACGCAGGACAUCUUCUCCGUGUCUUACCCCUUCUCGUCACCCCUCCACCUCCAGCUGGCCCCCCGCUCCUGUGGUGACGGGUCCCCAUGGCAGCCACCUGCCGACCUGUCGGGACUCUCCAUAGAGGAAGUGUCCAAGUCCUUGCGGUUCAUAGGGUUGUCCGAAGACGUCAUAGCAUUCUUUGUGACUGAAAAGAUUGACGGAAACUUGCUUGUUCAGCUCACCGAAGAAAUCCUCUCCGAGGAUUUCAAACUGAGCAAACUGCAGGUGAAGAAAAUCCUGCAAUUCAUUAACGGCUGGAGGCCCAAAAUAUAGCCAAAUAACCCCAGGUAGCAUUGAACAAAACAUAAUUGUGUGUUCUAGAAGGGGAGGGCUGGGACACAGUUUCACAUUUUUUUGCACUAAAAACUUUCUCUGUAAAUAGGGAUAAGAGAAAACUCUUACUAUGCAGAUUAUGAUUUUGAAUGGUGAACAGGCUAUUUUGUACAUCAAUAAAAAUGCUGUACAGAACACUUAGAGGUGUGCCUUGUACAUCACUCAACACUCAACAGCUGCUAAAAGACAAAAGGCAUGUUCAGAGAAAUAAUUGUUACCCAAGUAGGUUUAUGCGAGAAGUUGUGAUAUUUAUUUACAAAAUAGCCAAAGCUGGAAGACCUGAGAAUCUUAAAAAAAAAAAAAAAAAAAACACCUUUGAACAAUUCCCUCCUUUGGGAGAAUCAACUUUAGACAAUUUAUUCUGUGCUCUGUCCUUUGGAUUGCUCAGCGCUAAUUGUUUUACUCUUGUGCCUGAAAAUGUUAGUAAUAUGAAAUGACACUGCAGUGUUAUGUGCUUGGUGGGGAUCUUUUUAUCAAAAGGCAUUUUACAAAAGUCAUGUGCUAGUAGAGAGGAUCUCUGAUGUCCUUAGAAAUAAUAAAUCAUGACCACAAUAAUUUAUCUGUAACUGCUGCUAAUUUUACUGAGCAGAGAUAAAAAAAAAAAAAGACCAGAAUAUAUACGUAUAUGUAUAUUUACACAAUACAAAUGUAUGCUUUACACAUCAGUAUGAGUCUGAUCUUUUAGGUAACAUCUGUUCACUUUCAAAUAUCCAUUGAAGUUUGGGGCCGUUAAUUAAGUCGACUCUCUUAGGAAAUGGGACAGAAUGAUUCCAGAGAUUCUCAGAACCCUGUUCCUCGAAGCUCAGUCUUACCAGGCUCCAUCACAGAAAACUUGGAACAAAUCAGUAGAGAGUCUGUAUUGAAGAAUUAAGUUUGAUUUUAAACCUAUUACAGGCUGGGUUUUACACAGAAUGCUCCCGUGCUGAUCAGUGUCUGGGGAAAUGACCAUUUCUGUCGAGUGAUCAUUCUUUUGGGGUUUGAGGGUCUUAUUCUCCUGGUAUGUGGUGAUGAGGGGUCUGGAGAACAUUUCUCAGAGCACGUCAGGUGUUCUCAACAUGCUUUCUGCUUUAGGAGAGCUCAGAAAUCAGAUGUACCAUCCUCUGCUUUGAUAUGUGCUACAUCUGUUGCAUCAUUUUUUUAAGUAUCAAUAAGAGUACUUGUUUAGUUCAGAAAUCUCUUCUUUCCUCUCUUCCAAAGAAAAUACGUGACUACCAUACUUCCAUUCCAACAAUCCCAGGACCCAGUCUGACAGUUUUUGCCAAACGUGAAUAAAUACUCCAAAAUAUAAUGGCGUCAACAUAAUUCUUGACUUUUUGAAGGACUAUAAAUCUUAGAAAAGUUAUUGUUCUCCGAGCAGCAUAUCAUCCCUAGCCCUGUCUCCCCCAGAGUCUGUCCCCACAUUCUAGAUGGACAGACAGCCACCCAGGUGUCAGUGUGACUUGCAGAAUUGGCUUGUAUGUUAUUAUCUGCUCUUCUUGCUCAUCAGAGUAAAUACACAGACGGAAAGACAAGACCCACCAGUCUAGUUUUGCAGACCUGUUCAAUAUAUGGUUUCAUUUCUUGGCAUUCAAGAUAUUUUUAAUCCAUCUCAUUGUUUAGAAUUGGGGUGAAUUGAUACCUUUUCUCAUUUUCCAUCUUAAAUCUCUUUUU